UUUGCUUUAGUUUUUCGAGAUGCAAACAAAAGGCUUGGCUCCUCACAAGCGUUUAGGACGAGCAUGAUAGAAAGCUCACAAGCUUAAAGAAUUCUUGCUAACGCCCAACGCAAGAUUCACAUCACUUAGAAACCACACCACAAAAAUCAACACAGAGAAAGGAUUAGCACCUGACGUGGAUUUAUCAGAGACAAACACGUCACCUGCUUCUCUGAAAUGGGUUCAAUUUGUUUACACACAGGGUGUGCGGAUGAAGAUGGGAAGGAGCGCGGAUUUGGGUCUGAAUGGGUGAGAGAGUGCAUGGGGUGCUCCUGCACCAAGGAGGCUUUGAGCUGCUGCAGCAUGAUCCCUGAUGAAGCCACCGUGGAUAUCCCUGAGAAGUGUGAGCUUGUUGUGGAUAAAGACGCCUGCUCUGCCAAGAUGGUGCAGAAGUCAGACAAAACACAGCCGUGUUAUCCUUUCCGAAAACACAAUGCAGACUCUAAUGUUUAAGACAAUCCAACAUCCUGAUGCUAUUUCAUUAUUGUAUUACGGAGUUAUGCAGUUUAUGUUCAGCAUAUAGCCAAUUAAACAGCAGUACCUAUCUUACUUUAUCUUGUCAUACUGAAAAUCAACUGGUAAAAAAAGGUGCACCUUCCAGCUUGCAGCAGCUGAUGUCGUUUAACGAUCCCGCCACUAUGUG